AUGCCCCAGGAAACACUGUACUCAACAAUCAUAAAGGUAUCUGUUAUUCUUCUUAUGGACACUAUUUCCCAAACAACUGGGGUCAACAUAGUAACAAGGCUGGGUCAGAUAGAAGGCAGCACUGCUGUUGUAAAUAAUGUCAAUGUUCAUCAGUUCCUCAAAAUACCGUUUGCCAAACCUCCAGUUGGAACACUUCGGUUUCGGAAGCCAGAGCCUUUUGGGAACUGGAACGGAACUCUAAAAGCCACAGAGUUCGGACCAUCAUGCAUGCAGUACAUCUAUGAGAACGACAAACGUCUGAUUCCAAACCUUAACAUUACCGAGGACUGUCUUCAGUUGAACGUGUUUGUCCCAGGAGAUAUCAACAGACAGAGUAAUCUCACCGUCAUGAUCUGGGUACACGGUGGGAGUCUCACAAACGGGCAGGGUACGAUGUUCAAUGGCUCUUACCUCGCUUCUCGCACAAACGUUAUAGUGGUGACUAUCAAUUACAGACUAAAUGUGUUCGGCUUCCUCUACGCUGGACUCGACUCUAACUUUAAGGGACAUUACGGAUUCUUUGACCAACAACUGGCUUUUAAAUGGGUGAAGGAUAACAUUGAAGAUUUCGGUGGAAAUCCCAACAGCAUCACCAUAUUUGGAGAGUCUGCUGGGGGAGUUUCUGUAACCUUACAGAGUAUUCUUCCUAGUAACCUAGGUUUAUUCCAGCGUGUUAUCGCAGAAAGUGGGUCUGUUAUGGUGCCAGCAGAUGUACCCGUUAAUGAUACAGACUCACUAAAUGUGAUGAAACAAACCGCCAAACUCCUAAACUGCUCACGGUUUAAUAUUGAUGAGACAAUACUUUGUCUACAGUCUAUUAAUGCGUCUUAUUUGAUGGCCAAAUAUUACGAAUCAAUGUCAUCAAAUAUUGUGUUUUCCUCGCCUGCUGGGGAACUCUUUAACCAAUCCCUUUUCAAAGAUCUGAAAAAUCACAAUUCAGCCGCUUAUGAAAUGUUACAGAGUAUCGAUCUAAUGGCAGGCACCAAUACAGGCGAAGCUGGAUUAGAAUACUUCGAAUUGGCUGGUUACCAAAAGUCCUGGGGUUUCAAUAUCUCUGCAAAUAUCCCGGAAAGAAUUCUUUGCGAACACAUUGCCCCAGCUAUAACUGAAGAAUGGUUUAAAACAUGCGAUGACCUUAGUGUUGCAAUAUGCCAUAGUUACUUACAGAACUUGGCAAAAAAUGCUACUCUUCUAGAACAAACACAGGCGGCAGCAGAUUUAUUUGCUGACUUAGCGAUGAAUUAUCCAACAUUCUACUUACUUCAGUUGCAUUCGAACACGAAGAACACUAAAACCUACCAAUAUUCUUUUGCACACAAACCCACUUGGGAGCUUAUCCAGGACAGACCGGCGUGGCUGACGGGACCAAACCACGCCUCCGAACUGGCGUUUGUGUUCGGUCUAGAGGACUGGUAUCCGCACACAGUCUCACCGACAUCUGCAGAGCUUGAUUUGUCACAUUCAAUGAUGGACAUGUGGACUAACUUUGCCAAGACAGGGAAUCCCAAUACGGGACAAACACGUCUUUGGAAAUCAUUCGACAUGAGAGACAGACACUAUCUUAGUCUUGAUAUACCAUUAAAGCCAGGUAAAUCUUUGUAUGGAUCUAGGAUGGAUUUCUGGGAUAAAGAUAUUCCAAACAUAGUGCACGCAUGUAGAAGUGGAGAAUAUGUAAUUCCGACCUCGCUGGGGAGAAUUCGCGGGAUCUUAACAGAAGUGAGUUCUAAGAAAAUUUCACUCUUUAAGAAAGUACCGUACGCUUUACCACCUCUAAAUAAACUGAGGUUUGCCAAACCCCUUCCUGUUACUCCCUGGAAUGGAACUCUAGGUUCAACUGAAUUUGGGCCUUCAUGUGUUCAAUUUCUUGACAAAAAUAAUCCAAGACUUCCGAAUGUUAAUAUGUCUGAGGAUUGCCUGCAUCUGAACAUCUACGCGCCAUUUCCUACCCGACAGACGUCACGGAGAGCUGUCAUGAUUUGGAUACAUGGGGGCGGAUUCAUAGGAGGGCAAGGAACUUCCAUAGACGGUAGUCGUCUGGUUCUUAAAGGCGACAUCAUAGUUGUGACCAUUAAUUACCGACUAAACAUCUUUGGUUUUUUCAGUACUGGUAGUUCGGACACUAGAGGUAAUUAUGGCUUGUACGACCAACAGCUUGCCAUCAAAUGGGUAAAAGAAAAUAUUGUUGCUUUUGGGGGAGAUCCCAACAGAAUAACGUUAUUUGGAGAGUCUGCUGGUGGAGUCUCUACCACUCUACAAGGUGUGAUACCAAGUAACAAAGGAAUGUUUCUGAGAGUGAUCGGGGAGAGUGGAUCGUUUCUUGCACGAAGAGACUAUGAAACAAAGACGCGCGACACCUCUCACCAAGUGAUUGCAAAGCUGUCGUGUCAGAGAGCAUCAGAAACAGAAAUGUUGGAUUGUCUUCGUUCAAAGAACACUAGUGAUUUAUUAAAGGUUUGGGGCGAAAUUUCUUGGAAACAGUCGAGGUCUGAUAGCUAUUCAUUAACGACAUCCAUUGGUCCAAUCACAGACGGGGAACUCAUUCCAGAAUCUCCCGAUGCUGCAAUGUCAAAUCCUAAUUCUCUGAUGCACAAACAGUUUUAUAGUAUUGACCUACUUGUUGGCACUAACACAGCAGACUCCGGGCUGCUUUAUUUCAAUCUAAAACCAUAUUCCUCAAUUUUCAAAUUUAAUAUAUCUGUAGGUGUGCCAACGAGAAUAGUUUGUGAUGAAAUUGCACCUUCAAUUGUGAGGGAAAUUUAUGAGAUAAACUGUCCUGCUUUGGUCACUGCUAUAUGUAAACAAUACACACCAACCCCUCCAGCGACACUCCAAGCUCAGUCUCAGAUGGCUGCGGAUCUUUAUGGAGAUUUUCUGGAGGAUGUACCUACCAUCAAGUCACUUAAUGCACAUGCUCAAUCAACCAGGUCAACAUUUCAGUACCUGUUUUCUCACAGACCUAUUUGGGAAGUGAUUGGAGAGCGCCCAAUGUGGUUGAAGGGAGCAAACCACGCAUCGGAAUUGCCGUUUGUAUUUGGACUGAAGACGUUCUAUCCGUCAAAUGUCCAAAUAACGCAAGAGGAACAAGCUCUUGCAGAUCAAAUGAUGGAGUAUUGGACAAAUUUUGCCAAAUAUGGAAACCCAAAGGUAAACUCAACGGGUAUUUGGAAACCUUACACUGUGAACAAGAGAGACUAUAUCAGACUUGAUCUAAACAUAACAAUGUCGUCAUCACUGUACAAAGACAGAGUUCACUUCUGGACAGACACAGCGCCGAGGAUUGUAAAGGAUUGUCAUCAGCGGUCUGCUAACUCAGCCUCCAUUUAUAACUCUAACAUUUCGAUGAUCCUACUAACGUGCAUCUUUUUAUCUUCCGUGAAAGGAAAUAUAUUUCAAAAUGGCACUGUAGAUACAAAGUACGGGCGGAUCCAAGGUUCUCUAAAAGAUGUAAAUGGACUUGAAGUUUAUAUAUUUUUGAAGGUUCCAUAUUCCUUGCCUCCUAUUGGGUCCCUGAGAUUUAGAAAACCGCAACCUGUAGUGCCAUGGAACGGGGUUCUUGAUGCCACCAAGCCUGGUCCAUCGUGUUAUCAGAAAAUCAGUAAAUCUUACAAGAAGUUUUUGCCAUCAAUGAACGUCUCUGAAGAUUGCUUGUACAUGAAUAUAUAUAUUCCAGCGUCAGUAUCCCAUACAAAUAAAUUUUCUGUUAUGGUAUACAUUCAUGGAGGGGGGUAUUCCACAAAAUCUGCUAAUUUACACGACGGAUCCCGGUUGUCUGCGACUGGUAACGUUAUUAUUAUUCUGAUAAAUUACAGACUAGGAAUGUUCGGUUUUCUGAGCACUGAAGAUGAAAAUGCCCGCGGUAACUAUGGGCUAUGGGAUCAAAUCGAGGCUUUGAAAUGGAUACAAGAGAAUAUUGGGUAUUUUGGCGGAAAUCCCUCUAGUGUGACAGUAUUUGGACAUUCUGCAGGAGGAUACAGCAUUGGACUACUACUUCUGUCUAAACAUUCUUUUGGUUUAUUUCACAGAGCAAUUGCAAUGAGUGGGCUUGGUCUUAACAGACGUUCUGUCACUCAUAACGCCCGAAACGCGGCUUUUCGAAUAGCCAAGUUUGUGGGAUGUUUUAACGACACUGUAGAAUAUAACGCCAAAUCUGUGAACUCCUCUUAUAUUGUUUCAUGUUUACGAGCUAAAUCACCUCUGGAUAUUUUAAUAGCAACUGGAAAAAUGCGAGCCAGCUAUCACAAAUAUGACUUUAUCAUGAGACCCGGUCCUGUUAUUGAUGGCGAAUUACUCUCGAAUUCACCAGAACGUAUAAUAAAUGAUCCAACAUCAGAAGGCUUUAAAACUUUCAUGAGUGCUGACAUCAUUGCAGGAACCAAUGACGAGGAUGGAUGGUUGUUGAGGUCAAAACUAAAAGACAUGCAGAGUGUUUACCACUUUAAUCUGGAUGAUGGAGUUUCUACCUCUGCAAUGUGUGAUGGGGUUGUAAAGGCCUUAGUUCGCGAUUACUUUCAUUCCAACCCGAUGAUUGCCAACCAAAUAUGCAACAUGUAUUUAAAAAACAGUUCAAUUCUUGCUCAAGGUCAUGCAACUCUUGACAUGUAUGGUGACAUGUUGUAUGCCUCACCUGCAGUACAAACACUCAGAAGACAUCGGUCAGGGUUAAGAAGCUUUGGGAAGGCGAUGGAGAAAAAGACGUUUCACUUUCUUUUUACUCAUAAGCCCACAUUUCCAGUCAUUACCCGCCGCCGGAAGUGGCUGACAGGUGCACAACAUGGCGAUGAGACGUGGUUUAUCUUUCAAAAUAAAAAUUUUAAUUACACAGUAAAAGAACAGAAACUUAGUGAUGACUUCGUGAGGUAUCUGACCAAUUUUGCUAAAACGGGAGAUCCAAACAGUGCCAAUAUGGAUAUCGUUUGGCUAGCAUUCAAUGAAGAGUCAGAGAGUUAUAUAACAAUUCAUCAGAACAUAACAACAGGGCAACAUCUUUUCAGGAAACGAAUGGCGUUCUGGCUAGACACGGUGCCUUCCCUUCUACAUACGUCAACGUCUUCACAGAUGGCGCUUCAUAGAUACUCUGUAAUUCAGAGUAUCCGUUUGGUGGGGCCGGCCGGAGUAGCAGGUCAAGGUCGUGUGGAGAUCCAGAAGGACGGAAUAUGGGGGACUGUGUGUGAUGAUCAGUUCGAUAUGAUGGACGCGAAGGUGGUGUGUAGAAUGUUGGGAUCAAAGGGGAACGUCCAUCUGGCAACAGUAGAGGGAGUCUUCGGCAAAGGUACCGGACGGAUUUUCUUUGAUGAACUGCAGUGUGUGGGUACAGAGACUGACCUUGAUCAAUGUCGCAGUAACUCCUUCCAUGACUGUUUUCACAGCGAAGACGCUGGCGUCAUCUGUGACUCAGAUUCUGUGAAGUUCCGACUGGUAGGUGGGUCUGAUUCUAACAGUGGUCGUGUGGAAGUGAACCUGAACGGACUAUGGGGAACUGUCUGUGACGAUGAGUUCGAUACAAGAGCGGCAAAAGUUGUGUGUAAACAACUCGGAUUGCCAUAUGCAAAUGCUUUUCCAAACAAUUUCGGUCCAGGGACAGGAUCCAUCUGGCUUGAUGACGUCAUGUGCACAGGAAGUGAAGGUAACAUCCUGGAAUGCAACCAGACAGAAAUCGGCAACAACGACUGCGACCACACAGAGGACAUCGGCGUCGUCUGCACGGAUACCCCACCAAAACUCCAGAUCCGACUUGUUGGUGGGGCUAGGACUGACGAGGGAAGAGUGGAGGUUAACAUUGGAGCCGGCUGGGGAACAGUUUGUGAUGACGAGUGGGAUUCGAAUGAAGCAGCUGUGGUCUGCCGCAUGCUAGGAUUCACUGGAGGUAUUCCACGAGCAGUAGCGCAAGGUUUCUUCGGACAAGGUACCGGAAGUAUUUUAAUGGAUGACGUAAAUUGCACGGGGACUGAGAGUACACUGGCGAGCUGUGGUUUUGCCGGAUACGGAUCCAAUGAUUGUGACCAUACCGAGGACGCAGGUGUUAUUUGUCACGCAGAAAAUUCACAAGCUCUUAAAGUCCGUCUGGUGGGCGGAGCCAAUGAGAAAGAAGGGCGUGUCGAGGUGUUCUUCAACAACACGUGGGGUACUGUGUGUGACGACCAGUUUGAUGACAGGGAAGCCAAGGUGUUCUGCCGUAUGCUGGGAUUCAACGGUACAGCUGUUGGAUUAGCUGAAGCUCACUUUGGACCUGGUACGGGACCAAUAUUCCUAGACGACGUCUCUUGCAGUGGAACUGAGGAUACCAUCGCAACAUGUAGCUUUGCUGGGUAUGGUCAAAGCGACUGUGACCACACAGAAGACGCAAGCGUCAUUUGUGACGCAGGCCACCAAAAUAUAAGCAUCCGGCUUGUCAACGGAAAGGUUCCGAAUGAAGGUCGUGUGGAAGUCCUCUAUCAUGGAGUCUGGGGUACAGUUUGUGACGAUCGAUUUGAUUCAACGAACGCCAAAGUAGUGUGCAGAAUGCUCGGAUUUCCAACAGGUAACGCUGAAGCCGUCACUGGAGGGCGCUUUGGAGCGGGGACUGGGAAGAUAUGGCUGGACAAUGUGGACUGUAACGGGAUGGAGAACUCUAUAGUUCAGUGUCGUCAUCAGGUGUGGGGAUCUAACAACUGCGACCACUCAGAAGAUGUAGGAGUUCGUUGCGGAAGUACAAUAGAAAGCCCUGUUCGUCUUGUUGGAGGAUCCACACCUUAUGAAGGGCGUUUAGAGAUUUUCCAUGAGGGCAGAUGGGGUACAGUGUGCAACAACGGUUUUGACAAAACUGCAGCCAAAAUAAUUUGCAACAGUAUUGGUUAUCCAAGUGAUAAUCCAACACUGAUGCAGGCCACUAACUUCGGUGUCCCACCUGCUACUGUAUGGUUGGAUGGGGUGAGAUGUAUGGGUAACGAGACAUCAAUUGAUGUCUGUACACAUAACAGGUUUGGCCUGACUUCCUGUGGCCAUGAUAAAGACGUCGCCAUCAUGUGCAGAGCACAUGGUAUAAAGUGCUACCAUUGCGAUGGUGUACAAGACCCCGUUACCUGUAACGAGGAAAUGCAGUGCUCCGCUGGAGAGAUAUGUGAGGAAGCAGCUUACAUCGCCAACGGAGAGACGAGAUUCUCCCUCACCUGCCAAAGCAAACUGGUGUGCGACGCGUUGCAGGGAAAUGCGAUUGGAAGACGGGACGUUGUUAAGCGACAGGGUCAGACCGUGCAGGUCAAAUGCUGUGACACGCCCCUUUGUAACCGUAAUCUCAUAGACAAAUCCUCGAUUCACGGCGGACACGGCCAUGGUCACCCUAGCACCGGUUGUCAGGAUGACCCUAAGAUGGACUGUAGUGCACUAGAUGGUAUCAACAUAUGCGCCAAUGUCCAAGCGGCCAAAAUCUACUGUCCACUCCAUUGUGGCCUGUGUACUCGGCCUUAGGGU